AUGUCGAAGCCCCUCGCGCUUCCAGUGGUGCCGAUCGUGCUGCACCCUACACGUUCGAGUGUGGUGUGGGCUGUUGGAAGCCGGAUUUUCGCCUAUGACCUCCAGCUGAAAGCCUUCGAAGCGAAAGCUGCAGACCUUGAAACCCUGGGGCCUGUAAGAGCGCUGGACGUGUGGCAGGGCGAGGGGAAACUGCUGUGGCUGGCGGCAGGUGAUGACAAGACAGUGACCACCUGGCUGGACGAUGGGAACCAUGGGAGCAGUUGGCAGAUCCACGAGACACUGAGCCACCAGAAGAAGUUGACCCGCGCCAUCUUCGACCGCAAGGGUCGCAUCAUUUUGGCCGACCGCUUUGGCGACGUGUGUCGUUGGACGCCCUCCAGCGACCAAGAGCCAGAGAUGCUGUCUAGCCACUUUGCCAUCGUCACUGCUUUGGUCUUGACGCCCUCCCAACGCUUCUUGGUCGUUGGAGAUAACCAUGAGCGCCUACGGAUCAGCCACUACCCUGAGGCGACGGGGAUCCCCUGGGACCUUGUGCAGAUGGCUGCAUCGUCGAUGGGUGCUCUGGGACCUUCUGAGACGGUGCUUUGGUGCUUUGGAUUGGACCUGAUUUGA